AUGGCUUGGCGAUCCAGUGGCAACAGCAAUGAGGAGCUGGUACGAAAUCUACAAAAGGGCAGAAUAUUCACGUCGGAUCGUGUUCGUGAUGCUAUGCUUAUUGUUGACCGUGCCGAUUUCGCACCGGUAUCACCUUAUAGGGAUCAACCACAAGGAAUUGGAUGGAAUGCCACCAUCUCUGCACCUCAUAUGCACGCCGCCUCGUUAGAACAUUUGAAAAAUCACCUCGUUGAUGGUGCGUAUGCGUUGGAUGUAGGCUCCGGUUCUGGUUAUCUAACUGUUUGCAUGGCAAUCAUGAUUGGUAAAAACGGAAAAGUGGUUGGUAUCGAUCACAUCCCGGAGCUGGUAGAGUUAGCCAAGGAGAACACGCGAAAGAAUCACUCUGACUUGCUUGAUAGUGGAAGAGUUCUUUUUGUUGAAGGUGAUGGCCGUAAAGGAUACCCGAUAGAUCACAAGUACAACGCCAUACAUGUUGGGGCAGCAGCCGAGACAGUACCAAAACCUGUAAAAUUUUUACUUUUGGUCAAGAUUUUCUUACAGGUCUUCUUACAAGUGGACAAAGUUGACGGCAGUGUAACACAGAAGGUGAUCGAACACGUCAUAUAUGUACCUCUCACCAGUAAGGCGCAUCAACUGGGUCGAUAUGAUUAG